GGGAGCCGCCUGGCCUCUGGGUGCGGCCAUGUUGGACGCUCCGGGCCCGAGUCAUGGCUGCGAGCUCGGCAACCCCAGCGCCAGCAGAGUCAGCUGCGCCGGGCAGAUGCUGGAAGUGCAGCCAGGAUUGUAUCUCGGUGGGGCCGCGGCCGUCGCGGAGCCAGACCACUUGAGGGAAGCGGGCAUCACGGCCGUGCUAACAGUGGACUCGGAGGAGCCCAGCUUCAAGGCGGGGCCUGGGGUCGAGGGUCUAUGGCACCUCUUCGUGCCGGCGCUGGACAAACCCGAGACGGACCUGCUCAGCCAUCUGGACCGGUGCGUGGCCUUCAUCGGUCAGGCCCGCGCUGAGGGCCGUGCGGUGUUGGUGCACUGUCAUGCAGGAGUCAGUCGAAGUGUGGCCAUAAUAACUGCUUUUCUCAUGAAGACUGACCAGCUUCCCUUUGAAAAAGCCUAUGAAAAGCUCCAGAUUCUCAAACCAGAGGCUAAGAUGAAUGAGGGGUUUGAGUGGCAACUGAAAUUAUACCAGGCAAUGGGAUGUGAAGUGGAUACCUCUAGUGCAAUUUAUAAGCAAUAUCGUUUACAAAAGGUUACAGAGAAGUAUCCAGAAUUGCAGAAUUUACCUCAAGAACUCUUUGCUGUUGACCCAACCACCAUUUCACAAGGAUUGAAAGAUGAGGUUCUCUACAAGUGUAGAAAGUGCAGGCGAUCAUUAUUUCGAAGUUCUAGUAUUCUGGAUCACCAUGAAGGAAGUGGACCUAUAGCCUUUGCCCACAAGAGAAUGACACCAUCUUUCAUGCUUACCACAGGGAGGCAAGCUCAAUGUACAUCUUAUUUCAUUGAACCUGUACAGUGGAUGGAAUCUGCUUUGUUGGGAGUGAUGGAUGGACAGCUUCUUUGCCCAAAAUGCAGUGCCAAGUUGGGUUCCUUCAACUGGUAUGGUGAACAGUGCUCUUGUGGUAGGUGGAUAACACCUGCUUUUCAAAUACAUAAGAAUAGAGUGGAUGAAAUGAAAAUAUUGCCUGUUUUCGGAUCACAAACAAGAAAAAUAUGAACAUGAUAUUUUAUAGCUUGGGAAGAAACUUGCAGAUGAUAUGUGUUGCCUUUGCUUCUUAUCAUUCAUGGAAGAUUGUUUAUGCUGUCAACAUUUCAUUUGAAAUGAGGGAAGAUAAAAUCACUUGAUGUAACGUGGAAACUAUGCUUUACAUGGCAAUCAAAGCCUUUUGAUCAUGUACUUUUUUUGAUAUUAAAAUCUUUUAUAACCAGA